UGAAAAAAAGAAACUUAAAUCAAAGAUGAAGCUUCUCGGAGUAUCAUCUCCUAAAAGUUCAGCAGUCAGUUUAGAUCUCAUUAAUCUAUAUGUUGUUAACCAGAUAUCAACCAAAAAAGACAACACUGAGAACACAAGGAAGCCAGCCCACGUUGAUAUCACUGAAAAUGUAAAAAUACCUGUUAGGAGGCACAACAUAGAGCUUCCCAUGUCACCAUUACGUACACAACAUAUGUCAAACUUAGCUGACAUCCAGAACAGGUUACAAAAGCAAGUAUUGGACAGCAGAAGGCAGCAUCUCUCAGAGAAAGUAAAAUACCAGCAUAAUUUAUCACAAGUAACAGAAUUAAAGUAUGAUGACUCUAGUAUGGAACAUGAAGACAACAUAGCAAGACCUUUUAGUGCCUGUCCAUUGCCCUCUUCUGGUUUUUGGUCCUCUAACUGCACACACCUAGAAGAAAAUUUCAACACAAACCUAAUGAGCAACACUUGGGAACAGACCUAUGAAGAGAAGCUGCAAAACCAGCCAGGAAAUAGUUCUGAUCAAGACCCUUGGAUUACAAAACCUCCAAGCCAGUGUAUUUUCAGGAAGUCUGAUACAGUGCCUCAAGAACUGUUUAAGCCAAUGCAUAGGCUAGGCUAUAUGAAUUCUGCCAGGAAAAAUCCAGCGAUAAUGACAAGUAACGAAUCAGAAAACAGUGAAGGAAUAAAAGAACCAUUGUUUGGUGUUGUGAAAGAAACUGCAGAACUGAAAGCUCCCCAAGAUGGAAGUGAUUGUUCCUUUCUGGCACUGUUUGAAGAUGAGAGCCAAUCAAUCCAUAAUAAUCCUUCCACAAAGUAUUUUAAUCCUUUUGUUAACCAAAGCAAUACUGCCAUUUUUUUCAUUGAUCCCGAUGAUGAAGAUCAAAUGACCAACAGAAAUUAUCCUUAUGAUACUAGAGAGGCUUAUCCUGCAAUCAAUGCAAAAAAAAAUUUUGUAGACAGACACCUUGAAGGCAUUUUCACAGCUCCAGAACAGGUUUUGUUUAAAAGUAACGCUGCCUCAAGUGCAAGCUACGAGAAAACCAGUGGACUUCAUGAAACCCACCUGCAGGACUGUCAUGAGGGACAGCAGUACUUCAUACCCUCUAAAAAGAAAGAAAAACCUGCAAACCUUGAAAAAAUUGAGACAUUUGCUUAUCAUCAUGAUCAGGAGAUUAAUUUAGAGGAGAAUGUGCAGAACUAUUCAAGAAAAAAAAGUGAUGAUGAGUCUGUGAAAGAAUCAGCUUGGAGACAGAACCAGCCCUUUGCAUUUGAAGAGUUCACAGCAGCACGAGAGAAGGCGUGUAAGUUUGGAGUGAGUUCAAAUCUUCACAAGAUGGAAGAGGAUGUGGAUUCAUCACUCAGCAGCCAGUCUCCCUGUUACUCGCCAAGGCAGACAGAGGGCUGUUUCAGCUCUAGUCCUGGCAUGUCUGAAGAGGAAGACACACCUAAAAGGAAGGAAAUUCUGAACGAUCAGUCCUCGCAGAUCAGCGAUGCCACCCUAGCCUCAGCCUCAGCAAGCGCAGAGCCCCCCGAGGCCUCUCACACCAGAACCCCGCCUCAACAGCCCGGCAGUACUUGGACUAGAGAAGCAGCAAACCACGUUCAGGAGAAAGUCUCUAUUUUAUGUGCCCCAGAGGAGGAAAAUAACAACCACACCGCCCCAUCCGAGGGCAGCUCACUCCACCAAGCCCUUAAAGGAGAGCCCGCCGCUCCCGGUACCAGGUGUGACGGUUGGUCGCAGACGGAGCGCUGGGGCCCAGAAGUAGCGAAAGUGGACGUUGGCACCCAGUGUGGCACCGUGCAGGGGAGCAGCUGUGGGAGCUCCUGUGCCCCUGCCCGUGGCCCGGGGGGGGUCCCUCCUCCCGGCACCGCGGGAGGGCACAGAAUGCCGGCCCAGGAGGGGCUGCAGCCCGCCGGCACGGCCUGCGCCGCAGGGGCAGCGGCGCUUUCUGCUGAGGCCGCGUAUCUGAGUUUGGCCGGCAGGACUCUGGAGGUGCUGAACUACUUUGACAUAAUGAAGAAGAGAGAUAAGCACUGACCAACUAGAACGGCACGUAAGGAAUAGAGAAGUUUUGUCCUGUUCUCAGUGUGUUUCAUUUAAAUGGCAUUAUUUUGAUUUUUCUGGCCUGGUUAGACAAAAUAAUUUUUUGCUGCUAGUUUGCUUUAAACUAUUAUUAACUAUGGAUCUCCAUCUACCUACUGCUAUCUCUAACUAUGGAUUUCUAUAGUUCUCCAACUGUUAACACAUGAUUUUACAAUAGCCUAGUAAACUGGCUUCUCCACCGUAUAUCCAUAGGAUUCUGUAGUUUGGGAUUGACUUGACUUUGCUUGAAGGUAGAGGAAAGAUGCUGUUUCACUUCAAAACAUAUGUAAUGUGGCUUUUAGUUCAGAACUAUUGUCUGAUUCUUAUCCAUUUUAGCAUACAAACUAGCCUUUGCCACAUGCUUGUACCAAAUGCAAACAUGGGAAACACCAGAAAAGGUACAUUUGCACACGUAGUAUGUAAUUUUAAAAGAACUAAUUUAUUAUUUUUUACCCCCAAAAUAAAAUGCUUAAUUUUGCUUCCA